CAAUGCAACCGGGGCAUUACACAGCUGAACGUUGAGCGCGCUGCAGACCUGCAGCUGAAGUCUGGCGUUGAAUGCAGCUUUAUUUUCGUUAGGAAGGAGAAGUCUGGCGUUGGUUUGUAUGCAUUUGCUGCAGCAUGUCUGAAUAUCCGGCAUUCCAGCAUGGCAAGUCUCGUUUCGACCAGAGCACAUUUUUUGGUCGGUUCAGACACUUCCUGGAUGUGAUCGACCCCAGCACACUCUUGGUUACGGAGAAACGGCUGCGGGAGAGCGUGGAGCUGCUCGACCGUUUCAAACAGGGAACUCUGCCUCCAGGAGUGACUGAUGCUCAGCUUUGGAAAGCUCAAAAAAUAAAGCAGGCCAUCAUCCACCCGGACUCGGGGGAGAAGAUCUUCAUGCCCUUUCGGAUGUCAGGUUUUAUCCCAUUUGGCACACCAGUGGUUGUUGGCCUCCUACUCCCAAAUCAAACGUUGGUGUCAACUGUCUUCUGGCAGUGGUUAAAUCAGAGUCACAAUGCCUGUGUUAACUACAGCAACCGCAACGCCUCUAAGCCAGCUCCAGCUUCCAAAUUCAUCCAGGGAUAUGUUGGAGCAGUGACCAGCGCAGUCUCCAUUGCUGUCGGGUUGAACGUGUUAAUCCAGAAAGCCAGCCGCUUCAGUCCAACUACCAGGCUUUUGGUGCAGAGGUUCAUCCCCUUCCCAGCAGUGGCGAGCGCAAACGUCUGCAACGUGGUGCUCAUGAGACAAUCCGAGCUGUCGGACGGCAUCAGUGUGCUCGACGACAACGGGAACGUGGUGGGAACGUCGAAAGUGGCUGCCAGGCAUGCACUUUUAGAAACAGCUCUGACCAGAGUGGUCCUGCCCAUGCCCAUCCUGGUGCUCCCUCCCAUGAUCAUGGCCGUACUGGAGAAGCUGCCGCUCCUGCAGAGACGCUGGGGACUCGUCCUGCCUGUCCACAGUCUGGUGUGUCUCGCCGCCUUUGGACUGGCUCUGCCUCUCGCCAUCAGUCUCUUCCCACAGAUGUCCCAGAUCAGUGUGAAUCAGCUAGAGCCCGAGAUCGCCAUGGCAACAGAUUGUAAGAUCGUGACAUACAAUAAAGGCCUGUGAGUGACCUCUACUGCCCGACGCACGAAGACGGGACGCCCUGAAGCUGCCAGGGAAUGAAUUGUGGUAAACUUGGCCGCGUUAUCCAGCGAGCAGUUAGCAUAUGUUUACAGAGCGAGGCAGCUGAUAGUGAGAAUACGUGUUGUUUAUGCCAGGACAGUGAUUGUUAAAUAAGCAGUAACACAUGAUGACAUAUUGUGAUGGCGGAAAAUAUACACGAGGACACCUCAGAGAGUAUUAUCGCUGUUAUAACAUGGACACCUACCAAAGGACAAUUUACCAAACGACUGAGGCACUCAGAACGGUUUAUUUUGGACUUUGCCUGCUCCAUCCUCAGCAGCGAGAGGGUAACACCCUGCUCAGACUGGCUGACUCGCUUUUUCACAAUCAGCAGGCAAUUAACGAAAGAUUAAUUUUAAUGAACAUGAGCAAUAAAACGGGGGGAUGAAGACAAGAGCAGGAUGUAUCUACAUGAUUGUAAUUGUUGUCUGGAUUGAAUACUGUUAAGUGAAAUCAGGAUCAAUGACGGAUGUCUUUUUUGUCAACACAGAUUGGUUUUUUUUUCUAUGUUUAUGAUUUUAAAAAAGAGGUUCUCAACCUUCUGCUGUUCAAUCAAAGUGUGAUUUUCUCCUCUCAGUUUCAUAACAAUAAUUAUUAGAGGCCUAAAAUGAUAAAACUACAACAUUGGACCAGAAAGAAGCAAAGAUUAGAGAAAAGACCGAAAACUCUGCCCCCGUUUCAAAUGUGAUUUUGUCGAAGUGCCUGAAAAAGUGAAAAUUCCUUUUAAACUCAGCUGUGAACUGUAUUUACUUACUAUCAGCAAACUUUAAAUCCCAGUGUUUGCUCUUACUGUGUUACACUCUCAACUGCAGCUGGUUUUUAAUGUAAAGCAAAAUGAUUUUUGAUUAUGCUGUAAAUACUGCAUAAAUACAGAUAGAACAAUCCAUGCAAAAUAUGAUUUUUAUUAGAUUUUUAGUCUAGAAUUUUUUUUCCUGAAGCAUUAUUGUUAAAAAUACUGUCUUUUUGUAUGUAUUUGCACUUGAUUUAUAUAAACUUUGUGUCUUUAAGUAUUAUCU